AUGAAUGCUGUUGUACAUCGACAUGACACGACCUUUCGACAAUCUUUCUCACAGGAUUUUAUUACCGCACUUCAUUUCUGGCACAGUAUGCCACUACAAAUUCAGGUAAAGCUACUGGGAACGAUGCAAAACACACGUAGUUGCGCAAGCGAAUGCAGAGUUCGGAUUGUGAUAGCGCGUACCGACAAGUGUCCAACGGUUUUGGAGAGUGACCCUUUCAACUCGCAGGAUGUAACAAUGCGCAAGCGUGUGAUUUCGACUCGAGAUUAUUAUCAGCGGUAA